AUGUUCGGAAAAAGUUCAGAGAAUGCAUGUGCGAAAACGUCAUUCACGUUCCUAAGACAGGAGCUGCCUGUCAGGCUGGCAAAUAUAAUGAAGGAGAUAGAUGUAUUGCCUGAUAAUCUUCUGAGAACUCCUUCAGUGCGCCUGGUGCAAAGCUGGUCGAUGCACCUGUACAUGCACAGCUUCCAGGAUAUACUGGAGUUCAAGGACAGGGAUGUUGAUGAUGAAAUGCUCAUACAAGACUUCACAGAUGCUGUGAUUAAGAUCAGGAACCGUCACAAUGACGUGGUGCCCACCAUGGCUCAAAGAGUGGUGGAAUACAAGGAGACCUACGGGACCGACCCGGUCUCCAGCCAGAACAUCCAGUACUUCCUGGACCGGUUCUACAUGAGCAGGAUCUCCAUCAGAAUGCUCCUGAACCAGCACACUCUUCUGUUUGGAGGAAAGAUACGUGACAAUCCUGCUCAUCCCAAACAGAUCGGCAGCAUUGACCCCAGCUGUUGUGUCACUGAUGUCGUGAAAGAUGCUUAUGAAAAUGCCCGAAACCUUUGCGACCGGUAUUAUAUGAACUCACCUGAGUUAGUACUGGAAGAAUUUAACGUUAAAGGGCCUGAUAAACCCAUUGCUGUGGUGUAUGUGCCGUCUCAUCUGUACCACAUGGUGUUUGAGCUCUUUAAGAAUGCCAUGCGCGCCACCAUGGAGCUUUAUGAAGAUGCCAUGGAGUAUCCCCCAGUGCAUGUGCAGAUCGUCCUGGGCCACGAGGACCUGACUGUGAAGGUCAGUGAUCGUGGAGGCGGAGUCCCGCUGAGGAAGAUUGACAUUGUUGAAACCUCCGGAGCCACUCCCCUGGCUGGUUUUGGUUAUGGGCUGCCCCUCUCCAGACUUUACGCCAGAUAUUUCCAAGGUGACCUGAAGCUCUACUCUAUGGAGGGAUUCGGCACAGAUGCUGUCAUUUAUAUCAGAGCUUUGUCCACUGAGUCCAUCGAGAGGCUUCCCGUUUACAACAAAUCCGCCUGGAAGCAUUAUAGCACCAUCCAUGAAGCGGAUGACUGGGGUGUCCCCAGCAAAGAACCCAAGGACAUGACCACCUUCCGCAGCUUCUAACGCUUGUGCUGUGCAUGCGCUCGCCAGACUCCCUCUCGCACCUUUCACGAGUGCACCUGCUUCUGCAGA